CCAGAACUGUCAUUGUUGUCAAAUUUGACACUGUCAACAAAUUGUUUUCAAAGCGGACCCUGGAAUUAUCUACGAGUUUAUGCAAAAUUCCCAAUAACACCCCUUUAUCAUGGUGAACAAAUGUGUUGUUAGUUCUUGCGACACAAUGAAGUCGGGGGAUGAUGUGACGAUGUUCGGGUUGCCGGCAGACCCGGGCGUAAGAAUGGCGUGGAUAAAUGCUUUAAAGAUGGAGACAGGCCAGAUCGUAUUUCGGGACGACGACUUAAUAUGUUCGAAGCACUUUGCACCUGAAUGUUUCGUCACAAUAGAGGGCUCGCCGGUCCUGAAUUCAGAUGCUAUUCCAUUCAAAAAUGUACCUGCAAAUGUUGAGAUGCAGACGAGCAUUAAAAGGCCGCCUGCAGAAGAGGAGACUGGCAGGUCUAGACCGCGCUCAAUCGUAUGGGAAUACUUCAAACGAAUAAAUGAUAUAUCAGCCACUUGUGAACUGUGCAAUAAGGAGUUGAAAUAUUUCGGUCGAACAUCAAAUUUACGUGGACAUAUGAGGCGAGUGCAUCCGGUUCAGUUUGAUGCAGAGUUUUCAAUAGGCAGAGAAGUUUGGACGAAUCCUGAUAGCUCAGGAUCUCCACAUCCAUCAAAUUCAACUGACUUAGGCCGCAGCGAUGUUAAAGAGCCAAUGAAUAAAUUGAUCUUAUCGAAAUCGUCGCUGCCAAGAGAAAAGGAAGAUUUAGACGAAGCUUUAUUAAACUUGAUUGUUAUGGACUAUCAGCCGCCUGGGAUAGUUGAAGAGUCUGGAUUUGUGGCGUAUAGUAAAAAGUUAAACCCUCAGUACAUUCUCCCGUCGGAGAGCGUGUUGUUGUCAGAGAUGUUGCCCAAGUUUUUCGAUAAAGUACAUUCACAGCUUUGGCAAAUUAUCGGGGACGUUGCGCAUAUUGCAUUAUCUGCCGACAUUUGGGCAACUUCAAACAAGGAAGUGUUUUUCACUUUGACAGGUCAUUUCAUAUAUGCAGAAGAAAUACAUCACAGAGUGCUUGCAACCAAGGAACUUCCAGAGUACUGCACUGUUGAGCAUUUAGCUCACGUGCUGACGACGUUGCUUAACGAAUGGCAGAUACACCGCAAGGUUACAUGCAUUGUAACCGAUGGCGGAACCCUCAUUAAGGAAGCUGUUGUAGAUAAACUAAAAUUGCAUCAUCACUUGUGCAUUGGAAGCUUUUUAAAUACUUGCAUUGGUAUCGCUUUGAGAGAUAACAAAGUUGUCAAUCUCCUGAAGAAGUGCCGGCAAAUUGUUUCUUUCCUUGAAAAGAAUCCGCCACUGAUGGAAGCAGUUUCUCAUGCAAAAGAACCUAUGCAGCAUCUACGGAUGAGUGUAAACCAGAAUGAUCCCUUUCGCUGGCGAUUUAGUUUGACAAUUCUAGAAGACCUCUUCUAUAGGAGAGAAACUCUUUCAGAAGUUCUUUCAACUGCAAAGCAAGCUCCAGAACUGCUUACCAAGCCAGAAUGGAAUAUUAUUGGUGAUUUAAUUGUGCUUUUAAAACCUGCAGAGAAUUUAGUAGAAGAGCUAUGCAGUGUGAAUUACCAGACGAUAUCGUUGAUAAUACCAAUAAUACGGGGCUUGCAGCUUACCGUGAAAACUAAGCAACUACUGACUGAUGUCGGCAAAUCAGUUCAAGAAACGCUUCUGGAAACAAUUUCUGAAACCUUUGAUGCGCUUGAAUCAGAUCCAAUUUUGUCCAAAGCCACGUUCUUAGAUCCGCGAUUUAAAACUGCUUGUUUCUCGUCGCCAAACCUGGCAGAGCUUGUUAGAAAGGAUAUCAUUAACGAACUUUCUACUAUGCUAGCGGCGAAUGAAGGAAAGACGCGAUCAAUAGAAUCUCCUGGGUCAAUUGACGCAAAUGAUAUAUGGGCUCAUUUCGAUCAAAAAAUAGCCCAACUGAAAUCAUCUACAACGCCUUUAAGUAAUGCUGAACUGAUGUUGAGUCAAUAUUUGCAAGCGCCAAUGAUUGAACGAACGCAAAGUCCAUUCUCGUUUUGUGCACAGAAUAAAAACCUAUUUCCCGAUUUGUAUAAAUUACAGCUGAAGUAUUGUUGUGGGGCCGCAACCUGCAUUCCUGCGAAGAGGUUAUUCACGAGUGAAGGCAGAAGUGUUGUUGAGAGGCGAAGUCGCUUGCCACUGUAUAUAAUAGAUGAAAUUAUAUUUUUGAACGGCAAUUUGUCGCCUGGUGAUAAGUAGUGCUAACUUAAGGUUCGUGAAGAUUCUAAUUUAUUUUCGUAAUAAUUGCACAUCAUCCUUUUGAUUCCAUUUAGUAUAAAUUAUCAUAAAUGUCUUUUAGGAACAAAUUGUGACAUUGGUUUACCAUAUUCCAUAAAAUUAAUAAAUAUUUCAUAGAAAAAUA